GCUUGUUAAUUACAGUCUGGGACCGAGCAGUGUGAGAGAUUGUCGUGUUAUAGGGCGGAGAAGGAGAAAAACAAAGCAGUGAAACCCCCAUCGGAGUCUGGGCACGCCAGCUUUUCAAUCCUAUACUCAAGGAGGAACGCAGUGAUUGCGAUAACCCCUCCCAAACUUGAAACUGUAAGAGCAAUGCCGGCUGAAUUUGGUUGAUUAAAAUCGCAUCGGCAGUGUUUUAGGCGGCUGUCUUGUUCGUCAUCCAGGGGCCAGUUUAGUGUUUUAACACUGUUUUCGGUUGUGGCAAAGCUCGGUUGGAGAUUUCCAUUAAUGUCGGCCUCUUCUGAAUAGGAAAAUCUGACUUCGCAAGAGUUUUAUGAUGGCAACUGGAAAAAUCAUUCUUCCGGUAUUGAUGACACUGGCCUUUCCAAGUACUUGGUGUAAAGAUAAGAAGUCGAAGCUGAAGACCAGUCACUAUAAAUGUGUGUGUGAAGGGAUGUCCUGCGGAGGAGAAGACCAGUGCGUUGGACAGCAGUGCUUUGCUUCACUGAGCAUAAAUGAUGGGUACCCUGUUUAUCAAAAAGGUUGCUUCGAAGUCUAUGAGCAGAGUAAGCUGACGUGCAAAACUCCACCAUCAGUAGAUCAAACAGUUGUGUGUUGCCAGGGCUAUUUGUGUAACAUGAACAUCACAGCUCAACUGCCAUCAAAAGAAGCACCAAUGGGCUACAGUGCAAGAACUCUGACAAUUGUUAUUGUUGCUCCAGUAAUUGUGCUAAUUGUCAUCACCAUGGUGACAGUGAUAAUAUUGCGGAAGCUCCAUCAAAAUCAAAUGCAAAGGCUGGAUGCUCGAGAAGCUGAGUAUGGUGCCAUCGAUGGACUGAUUGCCUCAAAUGUUGGCGACAGCACGCUAGCUGAUCUGCUGGAUCACUCCUGCACAUCAGGCAGUGGAUCAGGCCUUCCUUUCUUCAUACAGAGAACAGUGGCUCGGCAGAUCACCCUGGUAGAAUGUGUAGGUAAAGGGCGUUUUGGAGAGGUUUGGCGAGGUCUGUGGCAAGGAGAAAAUGUUGCAGUGAAAAUAUUUUCUUCCAGAGAUGAAAAAUCCUGGUUCAGAGAGACUGAGAUCUACAACAGUGUACUCUUGCGAAAUGAGAACAUUUUAGGCUUUAUUGCGUCUGACAUGACAUCCAGAAAUUCCAGCACACAACUGUGGCUAAUUACACAUUACCAUAAACUGGGAUCUCUUUAUGACCACCUGCAGCACAAUGCAUUGGAUACCAUUGGCUGUUUGAGGAUAUCCUUGUCCAUCGUUAGUGGUCUAACACAUUUGCACACAGAAAUAAUUGGGACACAAGGAAAAGUCGCCAUUGCACAUCGAGAUCUUAAAAGCAAAAAUAUCCUCGUUAAGGAGAAUGGACAAUGCUGCAUUGCAGACUUGGGUCUUGCUGUGAUGCAUUCCCAAUGCACUAACCUUUUAGAUGUGGGUAAUAAUCCCCGGGUAGGUACAAAACGAUAUAUGGCUCCUGAAGUAUUGGAUGAAUCAAUGCAGGUGAACCUCUUUGACUCUUAUAGGAGAGUUGACAUCUGGGCCUUUGGUCUCGUUCUGUGGGAAGUAGCAAGGAGGACUGUGAGCAAUGGAAUUGUAGAAGAGUAUAAGCCUCCAUUUUAUGAUCUUGUUCCUAACGAUCCUGGUUUUGAUGAUAUGAAAAAGGUAAUUUGUGUGGAUCAGCAAAGACCAAAUAUACCGAACAGAUGGUUUUCAGACCCAACAUUAACCUCACUUGCAAAGGUGAUGAAAGAAUGCUGGUAUCAAAAUCCAUCUGCAAGACUCACUGCACUUCGGAUCCGGAAAACUCUGUCCAAAAUUGACAACUCAUUCGAUAAGUUUAAAAUGGACUGCUGAGCUUCGAAUUCUAUGUAGACUCACUAGUAGGCAUGUUUUCACGUACAAAAGGAUACUGUGGACAAAAGAGAAAUAACUUUGUAAAUCCUGGGUUGCAGCUUUGUAAGACACAAAUCAAUUUGGUAUAAAAUAGAACAGAAAAUGCUGGCAAUGAGCGGCUUAUCAGACUGAGUUGAAGAUAAGAUGAACAUUCUUGGUGUAUCUAGUUGCCAGAACUCGUUUUCCUAACCAUAUGUGCAUACUUGAAGUCUUUUCCUUGGGAAAAAGAUAACUUUGCAUCAGCAACAAGGUUGAUAAAACUAUGUGGAAACCAACAUAUUACUUUAGCAGCUUAUGAGGAACCAGAAAGAAAGAAUAAUUCCUAUAAAAACACGAGGGAAUGAAAAUUUACCCACUGCUGCAAAAUAAUAGUUUCUUUGUGGCUUAUCCCAUAUGCUGUAUUUCCUUUCUAUUACUCUGCACUGGAAACUUUUGCUUUCCUAUGCAUUAUAGAUUUAAAUGCAUAAAACAACACAAGCCAAAUUUUAUAAUUUGACUCAUAAUUAUAUAUUUUAGAGUAUUGAGCUGUAAUUAAUUGCUCUAUUAGUAUAAACAAUUUGCACUGAUGUUAACCCAAAUAUUUUCCGACCCAAAUAGUUCACAACUGCCUUUGCAAAUUUGUCUUAUUUAUUGCAACGUCAGUACUAAUAUGUUUUACAUAAUUGUGGAAUGACACAGCAGCUUCAUUUUCUUGCAUAGAUUAUUGCCUGAACUCUACUUUGCAAUAUUUAUAAUUGGAAAGAUUCUGCCAGCAAUUCACAUCAUACCCUAUACAAGUUUGUAUUUUGUGCUUUGUCCAUAUUGUAAAUGCUGUCACAGAAGCAAAAAAAAAUUUAAGUGCACUAAACUUGAGCUUUUAUAGCAAUGAUUUUUUUUGGGCGCUUUGUGGUACAAGGUGUUUUUUGGUAAAAUUUCAGUUGUAAAUUUUACCAGUGUUAACUACUGUAUUUUGUUUUAUCUAAAUUUUAUACUAUAGCUCUCAUUUGUAUAAUUCAAAUAGAACAUUUACAAAUGCAUUCAUGUACUGUUUGUGUUUACUUAUGUUACUGAUUUGCAUGGCUGCCUUUUUGGAAAGGUUUUAGUUUUUAUGCUCUGCUCCAUGUUGUACAGCUAAUUGGAAAUAGGAGUAUAGCCUCUGUUGAUUUUGUUUUUGCCCUGAAGAGCAUAAUUUAGGACAGCUUGAAUUAUUUUUCUUCCUUUAAAAUAAUUUUCCGAUUCAUUUCAGGAGAAAGAAAAAUCACAUCACAAAGGCUUUGAAAGUCAAAAAGACCUUUUCAGUCCCCUGUUCCUUUUGAAAAUGUGACUAAAUCCAAGGUGAUGGAAGUGGGACUGCCCUGGACCAUUAAACAUGCCAUUUUAGUCCAGAGUUCUUCAACAUUUAAUAACUGCUAAUGCACCAGGAUGUUUGUAAACAAGUUGGGAACUGUUUGAUACCUUAAUACCACUCUCGAGAUCUAUUCCAUGUUGUAUUGGAGGAAGAGCUAUUGAAGGUAGAGCAAUGGUCAUUAAAUAAGAGU